GCAGUGCAACGGGAGCGUCGACGGCCGGCGGCCAGACCGGAGCGCCGAGGGCCUUCCCGCAGACGAAGCGACCUAGACUGGGCUAGUCCUCGACCUGGUCCUCGACCUGGUCCUAGACGAACCGGUACGGGCGUGCGGCGCGCCGACACCAUGUUCGCCUUGGUCCUACUGGGCUCCGCCAUCUCCGUCCUGACCGCCAUCCUCCUGGUCCACCAGCUGUCCAGGCCACACAACUUCCCUCCAGGCCCGCGAUGGCUGCCGCUGCUCGGCAACCUGCUGGACCUGAAGCGCCUGGUGCGCAAGCUGGGCUCGCAGCACGCCGCCUUCGAGGCCCUGUGCGAGGAGCACGGCACGGCCGUGCUGGGGCUGCGGCUCGGCAGCGACCUGGUCGUCGUGGCCUCCGGCUUCGAGGCCGUCACCGAGGUGCUCACGUCUGACGCCUUCCUGGGCCGGCCGGACAACUUCUUCAUGCGGCUGCGCACCAUGGGCACGCGGAAAGGCAUCACCACGACCGACGGCGCGCUGUGGUCGGAGCAGAGGCGGUUCGCCGUGCGCCACUUCAGGCAGCUGGGCUACGGCAAGGUGCACAUGGAGGAGCUCAUCCUGGCCGAGCUCAAGGACCUGCUGAGCGAGCUGGACCCCGCGGCGGAGCAGGCCACGGCCGUGUCGCUGGGCCCGCUGCUGCCGCCCUCCGUGCUCAACGUGCUGUGGGCGCUCACGGCCGGCACGCGCUUCCCGCACGGCGACCCGCGGCUGCAGCGCCUGCUGGACCUCAUGAGCCAGCGCGGCAAGGCGUUCGACAUGGCGGGCGGCGUCCUGGGGACCCUGCCCUGGCUGCGGCACCUGGCCCCGGAGCGCACGGGCUACAACCUCCUCACCCGGCUCAACGCGUCCCUCAAGGAGUUGCUGGAGGAGACGAUCGCCGCGCACCAUGCCAGCUACACGCAGGGCCGCACCAGGGACCUCAUCGACGCGUACCUACACGAGGUCAAGGCCCACCAGAGCGAGGGCGUCGAGUCCACCUUCACAGACGAGCAGCUGGUUAUGGUGUGCCUCGACAUGUUCCUCGCGGGCUCCUACACCACCAGCAACACGCUCAACUUCGCCUUGAUGCUGAUGGUGCUGCACCCGGACAUCCAGUCCAAGUGCUUCAAGGACAUCUACAACAACGUGGAGAAGGGGCGCUUGCCCUCCCUUACUGACAGGCAAAAAUUUGGUGCUUCCUCGCAGGCUCCCACCGACCGGCCGUCUUGCGCAGGCUGUACCGCAGGCUCACUAGUGGUGCUCUACUCACGGGUGCCAUCCGGCCGCGCCGCGCUCUCGGACACCACACUCGCCGGCCACAACAUCCCCCAGGGCACCGUGGUGCUCAUCAACACCCACUCCAUCCACCACGACCGGAAGUACUGGAAGGACCCACACGCGUUCCGGCCAGAGCGCUUCCUCAACGCCAAAGGCAAGAUCCAGCCGGACGAGCGGCUCCUCAACUUCGGCCUUGGCAAGCGGCGGUGCCUGGGCGACGCGCUGGCGCGGAACUGCCUCUUCUUGUUCUUCACGGGGAUGCUGCAGCGGUUCCGCUUGUCCGUGCCGCCGGGCGAGACGCCGCCGUCCAGAGAGCCCGUGCCGGGGCUGACGCAGUGCCCGCAGCCCUACCGUGUCCUCCUCACUCCCCGCACCGCGUGCCCCGGCUCCCCCAGGACCCCCCGCAAUGUGUCGCCGCUGCCCGGCGCCUAGAACCAAGAACCAAGCCUGGACCUCGGUCUGGAUCCACGACAAAACAUUGCCGCAGUGCCGCGUUCUCGUUUUUAAAACAUUGACUUUCCUAUUCGUGCCAGCUCUUGGCCGGGUGGACCUGGCCCCUUCUCAACAGAAACUUUCUUCGCGUGCCCCUCCUGUCCACUCCUCCUGAGGUAUGUUUAUUUAUGCCUUAUUUUCGAUACGUUGCAAAUUUUUUAACUUGUAUGCGUGACUAAAUUUUUACUCCGGUUUACGAACGUUGCAAUGACCAUCUGUGAUAAUAAAGAAGUAUUAAAGUUAUUUAAGAGCCGCACCCGGGCUGCCAUUUCGAUAUUUUUGUGCAGCGUCAGCAUGCAUUGCUAUGCGCGGUUCAAUCAUUGUCAACGAAGGUAAAAUAAAUGGAUAACUAUAUGUU